AUGGCACGAGGCUGUACCCCCGACUAUGUCAACGCCGAAUGGUCGUUCUACCGUUUCGAGCCUUCCACGGCAGCGGCGGUCUUCUUCUGCGUCGUCUUUGUUCUCACUACCGGUCUUCACAUCUUCCAACUCGUCAGGACCAAGACAUGGUAUAUGACGGCCUUCGUCAUCGGUGGACUGUGUGAAGUGGUUGGAUACGCUGCAAGAGCGCAAAACACGACACAAGAGCCCGGAUGCUGGACUCUCGGCCCAUACAUCAUCCAGAAUGUCCUUCUCCUCAUAGCUCCGGCCCUCAUGGCAGCCUCCAUCUACAUGAUCCUAGGUCGCAUCAUCAUGUUGACCGACGGAGAGAGCCAUGCCUUGAUUAAGAGACGCUUCCUGACAAAGGUCUUCGUUUCUGGAGAUGUCCUUUCGCUCCUGAUGCAGUCCAGUGGCGGUGGUAUGAUGGCGUCUGGCGCAAGCAUGAUGGAUCUUGGCGAGAAGGUCAUCAUUGUCGGCCUCUUCAUUCAGCUCGCCGUCUUUGGCUUCUUUAUCGUCGUGGCCGCUCUCUUCCACCGCAGGAUGUUGCUUGUUCCGACCGCAAAGUCCCACCAGCCCGAGAUCCGCUGGCGCUACUACCUCCUGACGCUCUACGUCACCAGCGUUCUGAUCUGGGUGCGUAGUGUCUUCCGAGUCAUCGAGUACCUGGAGGGCAACAAGGGCCAUCUGAUGACCAACGAGGCGUACGUCUACGUCUUUGACGCGACGCUCAUGUUCCUCGUCAUGGUGUGGAUGAACUGGUUCCACCCGAGCGAGAUCGGUCUCCUGCUUCGCGGCGAGCCACCAAUCAAGAACGGCCUCGAGCUCGUGAUGAUGAACAGAAAGUUUGGAAAGAUCCAGAACGAGAACAGCAGCAUGAGUGCUUAGGGAAUCGAUCGAGAAGAAGCUCUCAGGACUUGGGGCCGGGUACUUGGCAGGCACGGGGAAAGGCGCUUGCUUUCAGAGAGCCGUUCAGCAUAGACUGCAUCUGUAGAUUCAGUUAGUACGUUUCUGGCAUGGCCCAGACCAUGCCCAUUGUUUGAAGCAUUUCUUUUGUUAGGAAUAGAGGUUGUUCGGAAUAGGCCGUUGGGACUCUCGCGACGGAAGACGCGAUCGAGAAUGCAGCAGGAUGACAGCAGCCAUAGAUUUGUGGUUAAUAUCGAUUCUAUAUGAAGAGCGUGUCUCAUUCUGAGAGAUAGCGGUGCAUGUGAAGAUUUAGAAAUUUCGGAGCCAUGUUGUCGAGGUUGACAAAGUUGGUGUUCCAGUUCUAGGUAGG